CCCCUGCAGCCCUCUCCUCCUCCUUCUCCUUCUCUCACACCCCCUGCCCGUCUGACCGUGGUGGGGGCACAGGUUUGCUGAUCUCUCCCUCCUGGAAAUUCUCUGUUCUCCUCCUCUCUCACCUCUCUAUCUCUACCUUUGAAUACCACUCUGUCUCAGUCACCUAUCCUGUUAACUUGUAUAUUGUUGUUAUCUAUCACCCUCCAGGGCCCCUGGGAAGCUUCCUCGAUGAGCUCGACACCCUGCUCAGCUCCUUCCCAGAGGAUGACCUCCGCUCUCUCUCUCCCUCCUCUCUCGCUUCUAGUGUCACUGCUUCACUCCCCCCUCUUGAAUCCUUCUCCAACCUACCCACUGACUCUGCAUCCUCCGCUCUGUCUUCCUCGCUCUCCUCAGCACUUGACUCUCUCUGUCCUCUAGUCUCCAGGCCGGCACGCUCGUCCCCUCCCAGUCCGUGGAUGUCUGACCCCCUCCGAACCAACCGGGCCAGCCUACGUGCAGCAGAGAGGAAGUGGAGGAAAUCCAUGGCUCAAUCUGACCUGUCUGCCUACCAGUCUCUGCUAGCUGCAUUUUCUACUGCUGUAACCUCUGCCAAAAUUAAUUAUUAUCAAACAAAAAUUCAUAAAUCUGCCUCUAACCCUCAUCAACUGUUCUCCAUUUUAUCUUCUCUCCUCAGCACUCCUCCUCCCCCACCUCAGUCCUCCCUUGCUGCAGAUGACUUUGCGGUUUUCUUCGAUGAGAAGAUUGCAGACAUCCGCAGCUCCUUCACGUCCACCGCCACCCUUCCCCACUCCCCCCUCUCUGUUCCCUCCCCUUGUUUCUCCAUUUUCUCUCCCCUAACUGACUCUGAUGUUUCCCAGCUCCUACUCUCCCACCGCCCUACCACCUGUGCUCUUGACCCUAUCCCUUCCUCUCUCCUCCAGACUAUCACACCUGACACCCUCCCGUUUGUCACCUCCCUUGUGAACUCCUCCUUGUCUUCUGGAUGUUUCCCCUCUUCCUUCAAGCUGGCCCACAUCACCCCACUGCUGAAAAAGCCCACUCUGGAUCCCUCCGUCAUCCAGAACUACCGUCCUGUUUCUCUUCUCCCUUUUUUAUCCAAAACAAUUGAACGAGCUGCUUCUAACCAACUCUCCUCUUUUCUCUUGCUGAACAACCUCCUAGACCCCCACCAGUCCGGCUUCAGACCUGGCCACUCGACAGAGACCGCACUCCUCUCGGUCUCUGCUCGCAUCUCUGCUUGCCUGAGGGACAUCCAGAGCUGGAUGGAUAACCACCAUCUUAAGCUGAACCCAGGGGACACCGUGGUGUCAUCAUCACCCACCGCAAAAAACCUUGGAGUGGUGAUGGACAACAGACUGUCCCUCUCCCAGAACAUCACGGCGGUGAGUCAAACGUGCAGGUUCUUCCUGUACAACAUCCGGAGAAUCCGCCCCUUCCUCACCACCUACGCAACCCAGCUCCUGGUUCAAGCGAUGGUCCUGUCCCGCCUGGACUACUGCAACUCACUACUGGCUGGUCUGCCAGCAUCCGCCAUCAGACCCCUGCAGCUCAUCCAGAAUGCUGCAGCACGUCUGGUCUACAACCUCCCCAGACAUUCCCAUGUCACCCCCCUGCUCACUGACCUCCACUGGCUGCCUGUUAUGGCACGCAUCAAAUUUAAGACCUUGGUGCUUGCAUACCAGGCAGCUAAGGGGUCAGCACCAGGGUACAUCCAGAGGAUCAUCAGACCCUACACACCAGCCAGACCUCUCCAUUCUGCCACCUCUGGACGCUUGGCACCUCCCCCUCUUCGCGUCUGUACUUCCCGCUCCCGUCUGCUGUCUGUCCUGGCCCCUCGCUGGUGGAAUGACCUCCCCGUGGCGGUCAGAACAGCAGAGAAUCUUACCACCUUCAAACGCAGACUGAAGACUCAUCUCUUCAGGCUGCACCUCUCCCCACCCCUCCCUAGCCUAUAGUUUAGCUCACUGUACCUAGUUAGGAUAAUAUGAUUACGUUAGUGUAUUUGGCAGGAUUGUUGUUGUUUUUGUCUGAUUAGGCAAAUGUGAUUCCAGUGCUAGUUUGUACUUGGUAGGAUUCUUGUUUGCUGAACAGCUUACUCUACAGGGUUGGAGUCCUGAUCAAUGUGGUCACUUCUGGCACUACGAUCCUUACUUCACUCUAGUGUUUCUUUUGCACCUCUACAUCGUGAACCAAUGCACUUGUUGUACGUCGCUCUGGAUAAGAGCAUCUGCUAAAUGCCUGUAAUGUAAUGUAAUGUAAAAAGCCACACCAAAAGAUUCCGCCGGCUCCACUGUACCCCAUUCCAGUGGUUGGGGGGGUGUUUGAAAGAGUUCUUGUUGAUUGUGUGGGCCCAUUGCCACAGACUAAGUCUGGUAAUCAGUACCUGCUCACCAUAAUGUGUGUUGCUACUCAUUUUCCUGAGGCGAUACCUUUGCGGAAGAUAACCGCACCGGUCGUUGUUAAGGCGCUCGUUAAAUUAUUUUCGCUGUUUGGUCUCCCCAAGUCUAUUCAGUCUGACCAGGGGACCAAUUUCUUGUCCAAUAUUUUUGCACAGGUACUCGACCAAUUAGCAAUUAAACCUUUUCCCUCCAGUGCUUACCAUCUGGAGUCGCAAGGGGCGCUUGAGCGAUUUCAUCAGACGCUCAAGUUUAUGCUUCAUUGCUGACUCAAUUCAACACAAAAGUAAUAUCAAUACGGACAACCUUUGAAAUAUAAUAAAGUUUAUUGAAUACAAAGUA